UCCGAAAGUGAAAUUGACAGGAAAGUGAAGCAAAACAGGAUUUUACUGGAGAACUCCCAGAAAACAAACAAACGGGGAAAAGGGGAGCAGGAGGCAGAAACAAUAGGGUUACAAAGCAACUACUUCUAAAACAGCAGAGUGGUUUCUGACACAGAUGGGGAAAUACAUUUCUCACGGGACUCUUUUUUAUUCAGCCUGUGUCUUUUUAAUAGGAAGAAAGAGAAAGAUGAGAUUGGAGAGCGCAAGGGAGCUCGGAAGCGCAAAGGAAAGAGUUAAGGCUGGAGUCACCCUCUCUGAAGUGCGCUGUGAUGCUGUGCAGUGUUUCAGCCCCCAGAGCCUUCCUCCUCCCUCUCUCCCUGUGUCAGAGUGGGGAGGAGGCGGGUUCUGCUGAGCUGUUAAAUCCUGAGUGAAGUUUCCCCCAUUUCCAGUGGCCACUGUUGUCUGAAGCUGGUUCUGAGCAGCGCUGGAGUUACCCUGACAUUUCUGGGACCGUAAAGAGCCAAGAAGGGAAGGAAAAGAAAAGAUUAAACUUAUACAAUUUGCUUUUGUCUAAGUGUGGAGAAAGGGGAAAGGGAAGCAUCUGCUUUUUUUUUCAACAUCACAUUCCUGUGUUUUUCUUCAGCCUGGAAAAUAUAUUAAUGCUUGUGCUUUCCUUUCUGGAAACAAAGGAACUAAGCUGGACUGAGGAAGCAAGGAGUGGGAAGGAGGCUUGAGGAAGUUUGAAAGAGAGAGACUCAGAGCAGCUGGGAGUUUCCUUUUCUUAAAUGAAAUCCCUGCCUGUGUGGGUAACCGGUGCAGAAAGAAGACAGACCUGCAGGUAAAUGGAGAAGCAGAGAUCCCAAAGGAAAUUUCCGCUCACCUCAUCCCGCUUGUCAAGAACGUGAAGAAAAAGAAAAAAAGGUAAAAGAUACACAAGUGGACAGACGGGCUCUGGGACCUUCUGGGCUGUGUAAGGAUAAAUCACCGAGCUGCAGCAAAGCUGUAUGGCAUUUGUCUCCUUUUAAAGGAAAAAGACGUGAAACCUCGUCUCUGGAAGGGGAACUUCCGUGAGAGUCUGAUUGCACAAUGAACUGGAGGCCAGCUCUCAGCUUAGCCCUGCUGUGGACAGCAUGGCUAGUUUGUGGCUCUGAGAAGACAGGGAGGUUAGCAGAGAGAGGGAGCCAUGGAGUUAGGAAAGUGCCUCAGUCUCACAGGGCUGCAAGCAGCCUCCUGAGAAGGUCUGGAGCAUCCCUAAAGAAUCUGAGCCCGAAUCCCCAGCACCCCGUCACCAAGAGAGAUUCUUCAGUACCUCCAAAGGCACCUGCCAACCUCCUGAAAGAGGAAUCACGUUCCCAGCCCCGGAGCAUAGGCACCAGAACAAGGCGUGUACAGAGACUCACAGCUGCAGCCAAAUACUCCAAGUCUGAGAUGAUUAAGGAUGAAGGGAUAUCUACCGCCUCACAGUCACGAGCAGUACGCUUCCCUUCGGGGUCAAGUUCCCCCAAUGUCUUGGCCAGCUUUGCUGGGAAAAAUCGGGUGUGGGUGAUUUCUGCCCCCCAUGCCUCAGAGGGCUACUACCGGCUCAUGAUGAGCCUGCUGAAAAAUGAUGUUUACUGUGAACUGGCUGAGAGACACAUCCAGCAGAUUGUGUUGUUCCAUGAAGAAGGGGAAGAAGGAGGAAAAGUCAGAAGGAUAACCAAUGAAGGAAAAAUCCUGGAACAGCCACUGGAUCCUGCUCUCAUCCCUAAGCUGAUGAGCUUUCUGAAACUAGAAAAGGGGAAAUUUGGCAUGGUGCUGCUGAAGAAAACUCUACAGGUGGAGGAAAGGUACCCUUAUCCCGUAAGGCUAGAGGCCAUGUAUGAGGUCAUUGAUCAGAACCCCAUCAGAAAAAUUGAGAAGAUGAGACAGAAGGGAUUCAUACAGACUUGCAAAGCAGCUGGGGUGGAGGGACAGGUGGUUGAAGAUGACAAUAAUGGGGGUAGCACCCAAUCUACCCCUGGUGGUGGACAUGUCCAAGUAUCAGCAGGAGGGAGGAAGGAGGAACCAAGGAGGAGCAACAACCAGCCAACAAGGACCAAAACAGUGAGAAAACCAAUGACAACCACUGUGGCUACUCCUCUGCCAACAGUAAGGACCACUACCCUCCCUACCACCACCACAGCCACCCGGGCCACCACCCGCACAGUGACAACAGCAAGCAGGCCUACAACAACAACUACAUCCCUCCCCACCACACAGAGGACAUGGACCACAAAGUCACAUACCACCACAGAGUACCAUAGGCUGCCAGCAGCUCCUGAGGCCACCACACCACGGAUCAUGGCCUCUGAGGAUUUCUAUUCUCCUGUGUGGAAGGCAAAUCGCAGGGACCGGCAGCGAGGCCACCCAGAGAAACACCUGGCAGCCACACGGAAACCAAGCAAAAGUGGCCGCUAUGAGAGCUUCACAGAAGUCCCAACAGCCCCUUCAGUGCACUACACAAAGGCAAGCAUGAGUAGGUUUAAAGAUAACCGAACAGACAGGAAGGACUAUAACCACAGGGACCUGAAUGUCACGCCAGGGCAACACAAACCAACUAAGACUAAACCACCAAAAAAGAAGACACAAGAGAAGAUACUGAGUAAUGAAUAUGAAGAUAAAUAUGACCCAAGUAAGCCUGCUAGUCCCCAUUUAGAGGAAGAGAUUGCAGUGGGAAGUAUUCCCCCAAAGAAAGGAAGAGAAUCAAAGAAGCAUGAGCGAAUGGAUAAACCUGAGAAGAAAAAGAAAAAGGACAGACCUGACAAGCUGCAGAAGAGUGAGAAGCAGUCCAAGAAGGACAAAGCUGAGAAAAAAAGCAAGCAGGAUAAAGACCGUAGCAAAAAAAACAAGAAGGGGAGCAGAACAGAGAAUGAGGAUUUCCCCAAGCCCAACAAGAAGCCUUUCUUACAGCCUCCCAGGAAAUCGGUGGCCAACCUCCUAGACUAUUUUGAAGGCAAAAGGCGGCUCAUUCUGAUUACAACCCCCAAGGCGGACAACACCAUGUAUGUUCAGCAGCGAGACGAAUAUCUGGAGAGCUUCUGCAAGAUGGCAACAAGGAAAAUCUCAGUCAUUACAAUUUUUGGCACCAUGAACAACAGCAGCAUGAAAAUUGACCACUUCCAGCUAGAUAAUGAAAAGCCCAUGAAAGUGAUAGAGGAUGAAGAUCUUGUGGAUCAGCAGCUCAUCAGUGAGUUGAGGAAGGAGUAUGGGAUGACCUACAAUGAUUUCUUCAUGGUGCUGACAGACACUGACAUGAAGGUCAAGCAAUACUAUGAAGUACCCAUAGCAAUGAAGUCUGUGUUUGAUUUGAUCGACACCUUCCAGUCACGAAUUAAAGACAUGGAAAGACAGAAAAAAGAGGGCAUUGUCUGCAAAGAAGAUAAAAAGCAAUCCCUUGAGAGCUUCUUAUCCAGGUUCCGAUGGAGAAGGCGGCUAGUGGUGAUCUCUGCUCCCAGUGAUGAGGACUGGGCUUAUUCCCAGCAGCUUGCUGCUCUCAGUGGACAGGCCUGUAAUUUUGGUCUGCGCCAUAUAACUAUCCUCAAGUUGCUAGGAGUUGGAGAAGAUAUUGGUGGUGUCUUAGAGUUGUAUCCAAUUAAUGGAAGUGCUACUGUAGACCGAGAAGAUAUCCCAGCUAACUUGGUGAAAGACAUUCGAAAUUAUUUCCAAAUUAGCCCAGAGUAUUUCUCCAUGCUUCUAGUUGGGAAAGAUGGAAACGUCAAAUCCUGGUAUCCUUCUCCAAUGUGGUCUAUGGCAAUUGUGUAUGAUCUGAUUGAUUCCAUGCAGCUUCGGCGACAGGAAAUGACAAUUCAGCAAUCGCUCGGCAUGCAGUGCCCAGAAGAUGAGUAUGGUGGGUAUGGUUACCAUAGCUAUCAUCAGGGAUACCAGGAAGGUUACCAAGAUGACUACCGUCACCACGGAAGUUACCACCAUGGAUAUCCAUACUGAACAGAGCAAGUUAGUCUCUGACUGCCCUGUGCCUGUCUUCUAAUAGCUAUCCAAGCAAUAUGUGGCCUGUUGCAGAGUUUUUCUAGGCCAUUUAGAUAUCCACGCCUCCUUCUUGCACUGUUCAAUCAAGGGACUUUGGUUAUUUGCCUUCUCAAAAACGCAGAAGCCUUUUUACAGUGAAACAAUUCAAAACCAUAGUAUUGAAGCUUUAAACAAUAAAGACUCCUUUAUAUUUUUAAUCCUAAAAACAAAGGGCAUCAGCAGUUGCUAUUUGUUUGUACUAAAACCAAACAGAAAGUCCCCACAGCCUACAUGGACACUACUGUAGGGCAGGAUAUGAACAGUUGAACAAAUAUUGCAGUGCUCUUUUUAGUAUUUUUUCUAAGAAGGAAAAAAACCUAUAUUUAUUGGAAAGUGAGAAUUUUGCAUUGUGCUGAUGAAAAUAGGCAAAGAACUUCAAAACUUUCCCAAAAAAGGAAAUGUUAUGAAAGAUGCAUUUGACAAGUUUUUCAAUAAUAAUUAAAAAAAUCCAUUUGAAGUAACUUGUCUAAAAAACACAGCAUCCCUUCUACAGUCCAUCAGCAUUGUAAUUUGCUGACUUAGCCAAUGAAAGUAAGAAUUUUUGGUUCUGGCAGUACUUGUUCCAACGCUGAACAGUGUAAAGUUCUCUUAACAGCAAAGCUGGCUGCACGCCACCUAUUCUUUUCAUUGGGGUCCCUGUUCUUUUAGGUCUUAUGCACCUGGCAGUUAAUUCUAAGUUAAUGAGAGCUAAGUGAAAACACCAGCCAUAGUCUUGUCUGAAAUAAACUGAAAAGCAUUAUUCCUAAUCAGAAAAAAAAAAAAAACAUUGUCAUUCGCAUACUUUAAGUAAGUUGUACUAGCUCUCUAUUGUAAUGUUAUGUAAACUAUUGCUCUAAAUUUCAGAUUUCCUUCUACCUCUUCUCAUAUCCUCCCCCUUGAAAAAAAAAAUCUGGAUGAAAUGUUUAUAGAAUUGUUUGGGUAUAAUUUGAUUUGCUACUAAACCAGCUAUAUUUCUGCCACAUUUUCUAAAACGGUUUUCCUUCUCCCUUCUCACUGGUGUCUUCGGGCAUUGAAUCCAUUGUACAGCCUUAUUCUGUUGAAGUCACUUGCAGAAACUCCUUGCAUUGCUGUGUUUUCAAUAUCGUUUGGGUUAGAUUUCCAAACACUAAAGAGUCAGCAGCGAGAUUAGGGAAUAUUCUGAAGUGAAGGCAUCAUGCAAAUCUUCACAGUGGCACAGUAGUCUCAUCUACUGUUUCAGGCACACCUAAUCAGUGGCUUUUCUUUUUUAUAAUCUGUUACACAGAAGCAUAUGCCAGGUAUGCAUUCAUGCCUUUCAUGCAUAUGUGUAACAGGACACUCAUUAGUCAUCACAGCAGUAGCAUUGGAGUAGGUAGAAAGUACAACUCAAAACUGGACAGAGCAUGCUCUACCAUGGAGUGAGGGUUUUUGUUGGUGGUG